ACGUCCGCCGCGAUAACAAUGUUGAUUUUAGGACGGUUGUGAUUUGACGCCCCACUCGGCCGGGGCAAGCUGCUUUUGCCGCCCGCAGCCAAUGCGAGCGAGGGGCGGCCGGUGCGAGUCAGGGGAGUUGUCUUCCACCCAGAGAGCGGAUUGGACUGCCUUAAAAAGGGCAAACACACGUUUGCGUUUUUUUCUACAUCGAUCACCCGCCUCCUACUCAUCUUGACCACCAGAAAUAGAAAAGCUUUAGUAGACACAAGUCAAGUGGCUAAAUAGCACGUUUAGUCCUCGUUUGCCUCAACAUUUUGCUAUCAUAGCUUUAGCUUCGGCAUCACCGACUCAGCGGAACUAGCUUUAGCCGGAGGUUUGGGGGGGGGCUGUAGGCAACAAACUCUUCCGGAAAAAAAACAUUGUUUGUAGCAAAAGUAGAAGGCAAACCGGUCAGUGAGUUACCAAAUCGUUAUAAGUUGUACCUUCGAGGGAAUGGCACUGGACUUCGCCGCGGGCUGCGUGGGAGGUGCUGCUGGUGUUUUGGUUGGCCAUCCUUUUGACACCGUGAAGGUGCGGCUUCAGGUACAAAAUGCAGACAAACCUUUAUACCGAGGGACAUACCAUUGUUUCCAGUCCAUUGUGCGCCAGGAGUCGGCGCUGGGUCUCUACAAAGGUCUCGGCUCACCCAUGAUGGGGCUCACCUUCAUCAAUGCCAUAGUUUUCGGCGUGCAGGGUAACGCCAUGCGGAAGCUCGGCUGCGACACACCUCUCAACCAGUUCCUGGCAGGUGCCUCAGCGGGAGCCAUCCAGUGCGUCAUCUGCUGCCCCAUGGAGCUUGCAAAGACGCGCAUGCAGAUGCAAGGCACCGGGGAGAAGAAGUCCAAGAGGAAGAUGUACAAGAACUCGCUGGACUGCCUGCUGAGAAUCUACAACAAGGAGGGCAUCCGAGGCAUCAACCGCGGCAUGGUGACCACGCUGAUCCGCGAGACGCCGGGUUUUGGCGUGUACUUCCUGGCGUACGAUGUGCUGACGCGCUCUCUGGGUUGCGAGCCGGACGACCCCUACAUGAUACCCAAGCUGCUGUUUGCCGGCGGAAUGUCCGGCAUCGCCUCGUGGAUCUCCACCUACCCCGUAGACGUCAUCAAGUCCCGCUUGCAGGCAGACGGCGUGGGUGGCGUGAACCGCUACAGCGGCAUCGCGGACUGCGUGCGGCAGAGCAUACGCAAGGAGGGCUGGCGGGUGUUCACGCGCGGCCUCACAUCUACGCUGCUGCGCGCCUUCCCGGUGAACGCCACCACUUUCGCCACAGUGACUCUCUUCCUGCUGUACAUGCGCAAGGACGAGGAGUGUGUUAUGAAAGCCUCUGAGCCGCAGGUGGCACCGCUGCAGCCGUUACAGCCGCAGGCUCAAGCCACAAGCAUCUAAAGCUGUCCACUAUGACCUGUUCACUAACGUCCACUUCGACACGAAGGCGUAAUAUUUAAUAAUGAUAUAUUACCAUAAAAGCUGCACUUGGACAUACAGUGUGUUCUGUAUACUUCAUUUUUGUCAUCAAUGAACCCUGCGAUAACAGGAGUUACUAUAAUGGAGAGUAACAGUCCAAAAAUGUGUCUUAAUGUGUGGAAUUGAACAUGAAUAUAAAUUGCCUUCAAUCAGAUAUUCUAUGUGGCGUCAAACAGCACCUGAGCAUUUUUAUCGUAAUGGUUACAAAGCCUUUAAUGUACAUGGUUGUAAAUAUUACAUGUGUUGUUGUGUUUGUCAUAGGAUCGGAAUGAUUCAAGGUGUCAUCUUUUCAGUUAUCUGUUAAUUUUAGUAAUGGUGUUACUGUGCUGGACAAUGACCUUCCCACUGCAGUGUAAUUAUAAACAAAAUGCUGGUGGUCAAUGCAGAAAAUCUAAUGAGUGUGUUUUUGUUUUAUGAAGCACAUUAUUUAUUAAAUUCUUUAUUGGCAAUCACAAUAUUUUAUUUACUCUGUCCCUUUAGAGCCAAAACUCUGUUACAAUGUCAAAGCACAACUCAUGGUGUUGUUAAGCACAUUUCCCCAAACCAGGAGGUGCUGUUCCUUGCUGUUUGCUGUUUGCGUACAAACCUAAGUGCGCCCUCCCGAAGCACAAAGUAACGGCUGCUGCUUUUUUUUUUGACACUUGAAGCUGCUGUUUUAAAGUGAUUAUAUUUUUACUACUCUAAAUAAAUAUAAUAAAAGCAACCAGUAAUCAUGUUAAAGCAAAUAUGUUUAUUUUCUACAUGAAAUUAAAUUAGUUUCCCUUAAAAGAAAGACAAGGUGUUUAAAUGUUACAUCUGCCAUUGUCUUCAACCAUAUCAACGUCCUUAUGAAAAAUAACUUGUCAUCUGCUUUCCAGUAUGGGAACGAUUUGCUGCAGUGACCUCUCCUUGCCAAUUGGUGGCACUGUGACUGCAGGUCUAGCUGAUGCAAAAUCUAUUGAGAACAUUUGCAGUUCUAUGUCUUAUGUCCAGUUCUGUUUUAUGUAAAUGUGACACAUGCUGAUCUUUGAUGUUUGUAUAAAGGAUCUACUUUCUGAAUGUAUCACUUUCUGUGUUCUGUAAGUGCAUUGUUUUGCACCAAAACCGUUCCAUCGCCAAGAGAAUGAAUGGUGAAAUAAAAACUUGAUUACUACUAAAUCUGUAAUUAAUAUUUUUUAAAUGUUGUAUUUUUUUAAAUCAUUUUCAUACUAUGA